CAGCCCAUAUGAUCAUAGAGGAAAACAACGAAAAUGAGUUUAUUUUUGUACGUGCACCGUUUCGAGAAGAAGCAGCAUGCUCAGCGUCGUUGAAUUCGUGUCCAAAAAUAGCCGGACGAGAAGUUGAGGAGAUUCGAGAGGCGGCGCGAAUGUUCUAGCUCCACGAGCACGAGGACCGAGCUUAUAAGAAAACCCUACGCACGCCCCUGUCGUCAGUUUUCCAAUUAGCACAAUGAAGGACGCGCCGAGCUCUACCAUCGAGGAGGAUGUGCAGAAGCUGCGCUUGGAGGGCAACGAGGCGUUCAAGGGAAACGCCUGGCUGCAAGCGAUCAACUGCUACACCAAGGCGAUAGAACUGCACCCUGAGGAGGACCUUGCGAAGGCCGUGUUGUUUAAGAACAGGGCGGCCGCUUUCCUGAAGCUGGAGAAGUUCGAAAAGGCAGCGAAUGACUGCAGCAAGGCCAUCGACAUCUGUCCGACCGAUCCAAAGGCACUCUUCCGUAGAGCCAUCGCCUACGAAACCCUCGGCAGGGUCGAGGAGGCCUACAGAGACGCACGUAAUGCCAUGACCUCCGACCCUGGCAACAAGGAGCUGCAGCCCCUGCUGGCCCGUCUUCACGAGAAGGCGCAGGAGAAGAUUCGAGAGAACGCCAAGACCAGCGUCAAGGUGGAGCAGAUGAUGGAGCUGGCCUUUGACCCGAGCAAGGAAGCUGAGAAGCGCGAGACGGCCAUGAAGAACUUGCUGGUGCUGGCCAGAGAGAAAGCCGGCGCCGACCUCAUGUUCAACAAAGGACUGCUAUCAAAGCUGAAGACCGUUCUCAAGCUGGAGAAAAACGAGGAGAUCUGCCUAGCGGCCAUCAGAACUAUCAGUGAGCUCUGCCAGCAGUCUGAAGACAUGACUUUGGCAAUCCUCAAAGAGUUAGGCCUGCCCUGGUUUUUGGACACUUUCAACAGCGAGAGUGAAGCUAGAGUAAACGCGGGACAGUACUGUCUUCAGGCCAUCCUCAAUAGCCUCAGUGGAAUGACGAACAAACCGGAGAGCAAACCAGAGAAGGCCAAAUGUGAAGCCAACAAGGCAGAAAUCGACUCCCUUUUGACCUUCCUGACCUUCUCUCUCACAAGCCGCACAAUAACCGGCCAGGCGAGGGACGCGGUCAUCGAGCUGCUGACCCGAAACUGCCACUACACCACGCUGGAGUGGGCAGAGCAAUUCGUCCAAAUCGGUGGCCUCUACAAAAUGUUGGAGGUGUCGAGCGAGCUGCAAGAAUACAAAUACGAGUCAGCCAUGCCCAUCACGGACAACAGCAAAACCCUGGCGUCCGUGUGCCUCGCUAGGAUUUAUGAGAACAUGUACUACGACCAGGCUAGGAAGAACUAUCUGGAGAAAGUUGAUGAGUUUGUACGGGACAAACUCAUGGCUCCAGAUAUCGAAUCAAAGGUGAGAGUGACAGUAACCAUCACAACGCUGCUCUUGGGCGCCCUGGACGCGGGCAACGCUAUGAUCGCCAAGGAGGGCGUGAUGGAGAUGAUCCUGGUGAUGGCCAACACGGAGGACGAACUGCAGCAAAAGGUGGCGUGCGAGUGCCUGAUCGCAGCCGCCUCCAAGAAGGACAAGGUCAAGACCAUCAUCACCCAGGGCGUGCACAUCCUGAAGCGGCUGUACAACUCGAAGAACGACGCCAUCCGCAUCAGGGCGCUCGUUGGAUUGUGCAAGCUCGGCAGCAGCGGCGGAACGGACGCCUCCAUCAGGCCGUUCGCGGACGGCUCGACCGCAAAGCUAGCUGAGGCGUGCCGACGCUUCCUCAUCAACCCCGCCAAGGACACGGAUAUCCGCCGCUGGGCCGCUGAAGGUCUCUCCUACUUGACUCUGGACGCGGAUGUCAAGGAAAAGCUGAUCGAGGACAGGAGGGCCUUGCAGGCUUUGUUGGAGCUGGCACGGACCGGCAGUCAAGCAAGCAUUUACGCGAUCGUGACGGUGCUGGUGAACCUGGUGAACGCCUACGACAAGCAGGAGAUCGUGCCCGAAAUGAUGGAGCUGGCCAAGUUCGCCAAGCACCACAUCCCCGAGGAACACGAGCUGGACGACCCUGACUUCGUGAACAAGCGGAUUGAGGUGCUGGCCAAGGAGGGCGUGACCACGGCUCUAGUGGCCCUGGCGAGGACUGAGAGCCACAACUGCCGCGAGCUGAUCGGCAGAGUUUUCAACGCCAUCUGCAGCCAGCAGGAGCAGCGUGGCCGCGUAUCACAGCAGGGUGGCGUCAAGGCCCUUCUUGGGCUGGCCAUCGAGGGCACUGACAAGGGCAAGAGGCAGGCUGCGCAGGCGCUCGCCAGGAUUGGCAUCACUAUCAACCCUGAGGUGGCCUUUACUGGGCAGAGGUGUCAGGAGGCGAUUCGGCCGCUCCUCUUCCUGCUGCAUCAGGAUUACACCGCCCUGGAGAAUUUUGAAGCCAUGCUGGCGUUGUGCAAUUUGGCUGGCGUCAGUGAGUCGAUCAGAAAAAGGAUUGUGAAGGAGCAGGGUUUGCAGAAAAUCGAGAUUUACAUGUACCACGAACACCUGAUGCUGUCAAGAGCUUCCAUCCAGUGCGUUGUGAACCUGCUGCUGUCCCCUGAGGUGGUGAAUUUAUUUGAGGGCGAGAACGACCGGACCAAGUUCCUUGUGCUGCUCUGCGCUGAUGAGGACGAGGAAACCGUGAAGGCGUCUGCAGGAGCGCUCGCCAUUCUCCUGUCUUCCUCGACCAAGUGCGCCGACAAGGUGUUCAAGGUCUCCAGCUGGCAGGACUCGAUGAAGUUCCUGCUGGCCAAUCCCGACCCUGACGUGCAGCACAGAGGCCUUUGCAUUGUCUUCUCACUGUUGGCGUCCAGCAAGGAGAAUGCUGCCGAAAUCGUCAGCUCUGACGUCUUUGAAUUGCUACUCGCCCACUCGCAGUCAAGUGAUGGAAGCGAAAAAAAGGAAAAGUUGAAGAAAAUCGCCCUGGAAUGCUUGGAGCAGGCUGAAAAAUGGUCUCUGGUUGCCAAGGCGGGCAGUGUGGUUGUACAAGAGGAAGAAGAAGGCCUGCCAGACUUGGAGUGAAUCAAAAGUGCUUCUUAACAUUGUGAUGGACCAAAUUUAAUUUCGCAAAAAAUGACUGACUUUUUUAUACAACAAUUUCCUGUUGAUAAAAUUUGUUUGCAGUAUUAUUUUUAUGUUCUUAACAGUUUAUUGUUUCUUUUUAUGCUUAAUAUGAAAGUUUAGAAAUAAAACAGCUAUCUGCAUGUU